UUUGCUGGCGGAGGUAACGGUGAAGAGUUUGGAUUUUUUUUAUUAUCCAAACGCACCCAUAACAGAUAUGUGCUGAUCAACAUAGAAUAAUACAUAACAUCAUAGGACACGGUGGUGCGCUCUUCUGCUGGGUAAAUCCGCUGAGUAGAUCAGGAUGACGUCAGGUGUAAAGCCCCUCUCCACGGAUGUUUACUCCAGAAAGAUCUAGCUUCUAGCUAACGCCAGGCUACACAGCCCCCUAACUUUCGGGUAGACCGCGGUUUUUGCCACCCUUUGCGGGAGGUGAAUCUUCAAUCUGGUGAGUGUGUCCCAGGACAGUUGUGCGUCGGCUUUCAUCUCCAGUCCUUGCUCCAUUCAGCGAUCCGACAUGUCCAGUGACCCCCCACCUCCCUACCCCGGAGGCCCAAGCGCCCCAAUCAUUGAAGAGAAGAAUGGGAUACCUGUUGUUACUGCAGCUCCGAUGGCGGCGGCUCCACAGCAGGGAGCAAACCUGCCCCCGGACUAUGGGCCUCCCCCCUAUGAGGCCUCGCAGCCUGGCUACAUGCACCCUCUCGGCCCCGGUGAAGGCCCCAUGCCCAUGCCCAUGCCCAUGCCCCCGCCAGGAGUCUUCUACCCACCCGGUCACUUUCCUCAGCCCAUGCCAGGCCAGUUUGGCCCGGGUCCAAGUCACAUGGCCGGUCACACGGCCACCGUUCUGUCGCCCCCUGGUGCGGCUACCACCGUCACCGUCCUGCAGGGGGAGAUGUUCCAGACGUCCCCGGUGCAGACGGUGUGUCCACACUGCCAGCAGGCCAUCAUCACCCGCAUCACCCACGAUGUCGGCCUAAUGAACACCCUCUUCUGCCUGUUCUGCUUCUUUGUGGGGUGUGAUCUUGGCUGCUGCCUGAUUCCCUGUCUGAUCGAUGAUCUCAAGGACGUGACACACACAUGUCCUUACUGCAAGGGCUACAUCUACACAUACAAGCGUGUCUGCUAACCACCAACAGCUGCAUGCUGCAGACAUACCAAUAUGCACCGAAAAAACGCACGGCUCCUAUUGGUCGGUACGGGCUUAUUUCUCCGGCCUAUCGCUGUGUCCUGUACUUCCUUUAACCCCCCCUAACUGUAGUUUGGUUAUUAGUUGGCCUUGUCUUUAUUGUGUGAUGUGUGCAUAUAUAUGUAUAUGUAUAAAAAAAAAAAUAUAUAUACAUAUAUAUAUAUAUACACACAUGCAUAUGCACACAUGAAUAUAGACACCACACACACACACACACACACACACACACACACACACACACACACACACACACACACACACACACACACACACACACACACACACACACACAGUCUCAUUACUAGACUCUCCAUGUAUAGACAUGACGUUUCCACUGUACACAUCUUAAACUGGGUAACCAAACCUAUGAGGCAUAACAUCCACCAGGAAAAAAAAAAAAAAACGUUACAGAAGUGUGUUGUACAGAAUUGUCCAUGGUUAGGAGAAGACUCGCAAUAUGCAUUUAUGAAGAAAUAUGUAAGGAUAGAAGCCUCAGCUGGAGGGAAGCUGUGAAAAUUGUCACUUUAUUUAGUUCAAAGUAUCUGUGAAUCUCGCCAAGAAGGCACAUUUAUAUUGAAUUCACCAACGCAGGGUCAGUAAUGCGUUGUAUUUAUUUUAGACAUGUUUAUCAUUUGAACAUGUCAUUUUGAAGAGUUGGUGUCUGUAUAUUUUUGUUCUAAUUCACCUAGUCUUUCCUGUGCAAUAAAACAUGUAUAGUUUUUUGAAUGUCAGUGAACUAACACUAAAACAUUUAUAUCCGUCUUGGUAAUACGAUUUACGCGGUGGUUGAUUUCAUGGCAUGGAUAUGUGACUUGCAUUGCUUUUCAAUAUUGAAUGUCAGUUGAGAUAACUCUUCAGAUAACGCUGUUUACACUUAUAACCCCCUUCAUUUUCAAAUUGGUGUUAUUUCUAAUGUCAUUUUAUAAAGUGUUAAGGCUCUCAGUGAAAAUCUACAUGUCGCACAUUUUUAAAAUGUUUGCCAACACAUACCUUUUUUUAAUUGACAAAAAUCUUCUCGGUUGAUGAAGGAAAUCAGUGAUGUGCUAUGCCUUUUAUAGACGGCUUUGAAUGCAGUAGUAACAAAAAAUAACAUCUGAUAUUAACUAGCGUUUGGCUGAGAAUUGUUUCCAUUGUUCAGAAGUGGAUGAAAAAUAACCAUGUACAUACAGCUAACAGACAUUUCGUCCGAUCAUACGGUUUCAUUACAUUGUAUUACAGGAGACACUACAUGCCAUUACCGUUAUAGUGUGUGCUCGGCCCAAGUCUGCCUGCGGAGCAUUCUGUCAUGCUAACACUGUUCAAGAUAUGCACCUAUCCAAUGUUCAAUCGUUCUCAUUAGGAUGUUGCUUCAGAAACAUUAACAGCUUAACUAGAUAAGUCUACAAUGAUUAAAUGAGAAAUUAUAUAAACCUGUCCCUGAAUAUGGGGAGGGUGGGGGACAGUGCUAUUAUGGGUCUGUAAGCCUACAGAAGUAACAUGAAUCAAUUGCAUUGUUGCACGUUUUAACUGCCAUACUAACACAUUAACGACGUGUAGGCUUUGAUAAAGUAAUGUGGCAACAGUACAGACAACUACUUAAAAAAAAUGAAAUACUAUCAGCCAUAGAAUGUCCAUUUCUAAUCGAUGAGAACAUGGCUGCCCAAUUUAAAUGACUACUGGUAAUCCCUAGUUUAGUAUGCUUUUCAAUAACAUGUGAUUUCAGGCGAGCUGCGAUAGAAUAGCAUUUUCAUCCGAGGGAUUGCACUGUACUUUAAAUAAAAAGCACUGUAUGUCUUGUAUUUUGUGGAUAACUGCAUUUAUCUCUGUGAUGUGGAUAACUGAAAUCAAGCUGUUUGACUGCUACAGGUACUAUUUUAUCAAUAAAAAAUCUGAACAUUAAA